AUAAAUUUUGUAUAUUUCAGCCGCGCCAAACCGAAAUCUGAUCAUUUUAAUUUUUUCUAUCAAUUUACAGUUACUUGAACAUUACUUAAUUUGUUCGCACCAAGCUUAAUACAAUUAUGUCCAAUUCAUUAUCUGAACAAAGUUCGCUUGGUAGCGUGUGUGAAGAAGUGCGCCCGUCAUUUUUGCGUGCGCGCGAUCCAUCAGUGGAUCGUUGUUUUCGACCGCGACCCGAUCGACAAGUACGACUUUUCGAUGAAAUACAGGAAGAAGGACAAACAGAUUAUAAUAGUGAUGCCGAUGUGUCAUCAUCUUCUGAGGAUGUGUCCACAGCUCUAAGUGAAGCAAGCAAUGAUACAACAACAGAUUCAAACGCCGCAUUAGUUUAUUUACGUUUGAAACCCGUAACAAAUAUAUCUACUUCGUAUACUAUAACACCAAAAGGCAAUGUGCUUACCGUUGGUCCUUCAAAUGAUGCAUCAUCUACAAGCAAUAAUAAAAAUAAAAUGGAACAACACUAUAGUUUUUCUGCUGUAUUUGAAAGUAAUGUGAAACAGGAUGAAGUGUACCGCAUAUGCAUUGCGCCACGGAUUGAGAACCAAACAGACAGUUUUACAGUACUGACAUAUGGCACAUCUGGUUCGGGUAAAACUUUCACAUUGUUGGGUACACCUAAUCAUCCAGGCAUAGUACCACGUGCAGUGGAGAAUAUAUUUCGCAUGAACGCAUCCAAUAUAUAUCCACAACCUGCUCUUAAGUUAGAAAAAGGGACUGCCUGCAUAUUAGAUGACGACGCAUUAGCACGCGAAGAACACAUGCGUCAGACUUUGUUGGAAUCAUGCGUCGGAAUGAAUGCAGAUCAUGAACUCUUGGAAAAAACAAUAAAAGCAGAGCAUGACUUUCAAACUAUAGUACAAGAUGAAGUCUCAGUAUUUAUUUGGAUUUCCUUCGUAGAAAUAUACAAUGAAUUAGUGUUCGAUUUGCUAUCUCCACCGUCACAACACUCGAAAUUAAGCCAGCAAAUGGCACCGCAACCACGUAAAAGCUUAAAAGUUGCCACAAACGACGGCAAAGUAUUCAUACAGGGUCUCACAUCGGUUUAUGUCAAGUCGUGUUCGGAAAGCUUGAAACUACUACAUUGGGGCUUACAACACGUUUCAUAUGCAUCAACUUCGAUUAAUUCCAAUUCGAGCCGUUCGCAUUGUAUAUUCUUUAUAGAUGUCAUUAAAUAUUAUAGUUCAGGUGUAGUAGUUGAUACUUCAUACAAAUUUUGUGACUUAGCCGGUUCUGAACGUUUAAGUAAGACUCGUAACAUUGGUUCACGUCUUACAGAGGCAAAAGGUAUUAAUACGUCACUGAUGACACUGGGUAGAUGUUUGGAUGCAGCGAAUAACAAUAAAAAGUUGAAAACGAAAUCUCAAGUCAUACCGGUGCGUGAAUCCAAACUUACAAUGCUUUUGCAAGCUGCGUUGCUUGGCAAGGAGAAGCUCACUAUGAUCGUGAAUGUAACGCCGACUGACUUAUUUUAUGAGGAAAACAUGAAUGUCCUAAGAUUCUCUGCAAUUGCCAAGAAUAUUACAUUUAAACAACCUGUGAAGCCUGUAAAUAAAUCACGUUACUCGUUUGUCGUGGAAAAAGCUAAAUCAGCAGCUGAGGAAAUUAUAUUUCUACGCAGUGAAGUAGAACGCUUAACGUCUGAAAUGCAAUAUCGACUACUCGAACAAGAGCGACUUUUACGCCAAGAACUGGUUGGAUCAUUUGAACAAAAGCUGGCAGAAAAACAAAAGGACUAUGAAUUGACCUUAAAGCGAGAAUUACAAAUUCAACAGCGCAUACACGACGCGCAGAUUGAAUCAUUAAAACGUCAAUAUGAAAAUAAAAUUGAGGAUCUGCGUGAACAAUAUGAAGAGGAGGAAAUCGAAAGGAAGCGUCGUACAUUGGAGUAACUUUUUAGCUAAAUUAUGCUUAAUUUAAUACGUUUUGUACAGUAACCGUUUUAAAUGAUUACAUUUAUUGUUUUUCCUUUAACAUACC